AUGGGGUUUUACCUAUGCGUAGCUCUGGAGCAGGUCAGUGGACUUGUCCUUCCCACUCUGGCUCACAGGUUCCUGUUCAGUCAGCCAUCAGAGUUUUCAGUGGCCCGGGUAUUCCUUGGAGCUGCAUUUGGGGCUGUCAGUGGUGCAGGGUUAUUCCUUGGACUCAUGCACAACAUCUCAAUGACCAUCACACACAGACUAAUUGCCGGAUGUGUUUUUGUAGGUAUAUGUAUCCUCGGUGGUAUGUUCUCCUCAUAUUUCCGGUGCUCGGUUCUUUUGAUGUUUCCCAGCAUGCUUGGCUCCCGUGGGCGGGCCUACCUGAUGCUUUUAGUUCUUAAUGGUCUUUACCAAGGUCCAAUAUUCAAUAUCCACCGCAAUGUUCAAAAUGUGGCUUUUUCUAUGGGUUGCAACAUCGACUUGCAGAUAGAACACAGUAAGAUCAUGUGGAGGAUGGUAACAGAACCUAUGUUACAGGUCAUGCAAGACAUUGUGCAUGACAAUAAAGAGUUCCAGCAUGAAGCCAGGAAUGUGAGCACACAAUUCAACCGGAUCAGAGAUGAGGUGAUGGGCCAGUAUGGAUAUGAUGCUCUCCAGCACUCCACCUCCUCAGGAAAUUCCACCCAAGAUAUGUUUUCAGCCAAGACUAUGAUGCGAUGUGAUUAUGUGGUGGAGCAGGGCAUAGGCCGUUGUCGAGAAUGGUUCAGCAGUAAGUGGCAGGAGUGCAUGGAUGCCAUCAAAGCCCCUGUGAUCAACCACUUGCUUUGUGUGCCUAUGAAAUUUGACUUCCUGUGCAAUGUGAUGAGAGUUAUGACACCAUGGUGCAGAGAACACAUUCCAGUGGAAGGAAACUUUGGGCAAACCUUCGACAGGCUCAAUUUGUCUAUUAGUAGACUGGCUGAGGAGUUCACUGCCAAAGUUGUGGUUCAGAAAUUGGAACAGCAAGCUGUUUUAGGAGUGACAGUCCUUAAGGAAUUCACAAAGGAACUGAGAAAAGCUUUUGAAGAAAAGAUGAUUGUUUUCGAACAAAUAGCAGAAGUUGUUCAGAUCCUUCUCUCAUUUACUUUCAUCACCAUCUUCACCUCAGCAUUUGGGUAUGCAAGACACUACUGCCGUCAUAUUCGCUUUGACAACGUGUACAUUACGACUUACUUCAAGCAGAUUGAUGAACGAAGGAGAAGAGCGGGCAAAAGGUAUUUAUUACCUCUGAAGAAAGUUGAACAAAGCGGCUUCAUCAACCCUUGGAGUUUGUCCAUCCAUCCCAGUGAACUUAAACUUGUGGCUCUGGGUCUAAUACAGGUCCUCUUGCUGACUCUGUUUGUGUGCAUUCUUCUCACCGUUGAUGGGAUCCUUUAUCACAUCUUCGAUAUCAUCCGGAGACACACUUUCACACAGUUCUCUGUUACCAGCAGUCAUCAUGUGGAUAUUGACAUCACUGGAGAGUCCAUGUUGGCUAAACUGCUGAGGAAAACCAUUGGUGCUUUCAAUACCUCCUCAAACUUAGACAUACAGACCAGUAAUCAGCAUUGUUUACCCCAGCCGCGUGCCUUGGCCCCAGAGGACUACCUGUGGACCUUUCUGCCCCUGUUCAUGAUGGCUCUCAUGUGCUGCCUGCAAGCCUACAGCAACCGCCUACGCAGGGUCAUCGCCGCCUUCUAUUUCCCCAAGCGAGAGAAGAGAAGAACUUUGUUCCUCUACAACUUACAAAUCCAGAGACGCAUCUCUUAUGUCAAAAGACUACGUAAGCAGCUUUUGAGACAUGGAAAGCAACCAAAAACAGUGUUCACAGGGAUAAUAGCUGUGUUGGACAGGCUGGGCUGGAGGCUGCGGUGGUGCUGUGUAUGUGGAGAGCGUCAGAGAGGAGCCCAGGCUGUGGAGUGCACUGUCCCAGGCUGUGGAACAGUCUACUGUGCUCAGUGCUGGAGAGAUCUGGGUACAUUCUGUCUGUUCUGUGCUACCCUCAGACGAACUGAAGCGAGAGACAGUGGCACUGAUUCGGAUGUUUACUACGAUGAUUAA